ACAGAUUAACUUAAACUUUCUUACAGAGAAGAAGCAACACAUUGUCGUUAUCAUCACAGUUAAAGAAGGAGAAAAUGGAGGAUGGAAAACUGCCUGGACCUCCUCCCAAGAGAGCCAGAGAGUCUGAGGAAAACGCUAUCAAAAUGAAGAUUUUCAAUGACUCUAUUCAUGGUCAAAUUGAGUUGCAUCCUCUGCUGGUGAAGAUCAUAGACACGCCUCAGUUUCAGAGACUGAGAUAUCUCAAACAGCUCGGGAUUAAAUAUCUGAUCUAUCCUGGUGCAACUCACACCCGCUUUGAACAUUCUAUUGGGGUUGCAUAUUUAGCAGGAUGUAUGGUUAAGAUUCUACGUGAAAAACAGACGGGGCUUGAGAUUACAGAGCAGGAUUUACUGUGUGUCCAGAUUGCUGCUCUAUGCCAUGAUUUAGGUCAUGGUCCAUUCUCUCAUUUGUUCGAUAGUAUGUUCAUCCCUGCUGUCCAAGAAGAAAAAUGGGAGCAUGAGGAGGCAUCUGUUGACAUGUUUAACUGCAUGUUGAAGAAGAAUCCACUCAUGAAGGUGAUGAAGGAGUAUGGACUGGAACAACGUGAUAUCACCUUCAUUAAGGAGUUAAUUAAAGGAGUGAAUAUUUCAGGCGAUGAGUGGACACAGAAGGGCAGGUCUGAAGAAAAAUCCUUCCUCUAUGAGAUCGUAGCAAAUAAACGCAACGGCAUUGAUGUGGACAAAUGGGAUUAUUUAGCACGAGACUGUCAUCAUCUGGGUAUUCCAAACGGAUUUGAUCUUCAGAGGCUACUGAGGUCUGCAAGAGUUUGUAAUGUGAAAAUGAACAAAAACAAGAAGUCAAUCUGCUACAGGGACAAGGUAGCAGAUAAUAUUUAUGACAUGUUUCACACCCGAUACACCUUACAUCGCCAGGCUCUCCAGCACAAGAUUGGCUACAUCAUUGAUGUCAGGAUAAAUGAUGCCCUUUUAAAAGCUAAUGAGAAGCUGAGGCCUGAUCGCAAGAUCUCAGAUGCCAUACAUAACAUGGUAGAUUACAUCAAACUCACAGAUCACAUUUUUGAUGAGAUCCUGCACCAUUCAGAUCCUCAACUGAAGGAAGCCAAAGAUAUUCUAGAAAACAUUGUCAACAGACGUCUGCCAAAGUUUGUGGGAGAGGCCAGACUGGAUGAAAAAGCAUUAGAAGAGAAGCUGAAGGAGGAGCUGAAGGGGGAGGAGCUGGAGGAGGAGUUUAAAAAAGCCAAUAAGAGAAAGGAGUAUCAGAAAAUACUGGAGGAUGACUACAACGAGAAGAACCCAAACACACUGAUUGCUGACAUGGACUUGGACAUUUAUGUUGUUGAUCUGGGAUUUGGAACAGAGAAAAACCCCAUUGAUGAUGUCUAUUUCUACAACAAGAGAGACCCCGACAAGGCCUUCAGGAUGGAAAAGUGGCAGGUGUCCGAUCUCAGCCCAAAGUCGUUCCAUGAAUGGAUUGUUAGAAUGUACUACAAAAACACCAAAGAGGAUUAUCAGGGGAACCAGCGGAAGUGGUUUCAACAGUGGUGCCAGCAAACUACGUAUGUGAAAGAUGACUCACUCAGUGAUGAGCAAGAUAAAGAUGGCAUACAAACCACAAAGAACCCAGGCAAGAUUGUCAAUGACUCUAUUCAUGGUCACAUUGAGUUGGACCCGGUGUUGGUGAAGAUUAUAGACACCCCUCAGUUUCAGAGACUGAGAAACAUCAAACAGCUGGGAGCAAACAAUCAUGUCUUCCCGGGAGCCACUCAUACUCGCUUUGAACACUCUAUUGGGAUGGCAUAUUUAGCAGGAUGUCUGGCCAAGGUUCUGCAAGAGAAACAGAACAAGGAUCAGGAGGGUAUUUCUGAAAAAGACAUCUUGUGUGUGCAAAUUGCUGCUCUGUGCUAUAAUUUAGGUCACGGGCCAUUUUCUCACAUGUUUACCAAGAAGUUUAUGCCUGAAGUCGAUUUGACAGCUGGUGAAGAGUGGAAGAUUGAAGUGGUCUCGGUUUGGAUGUUUCUGGACAUAGUGGAGAAAAGGAAGGAAGCUUUUGAUCUGAAUAAAGAUGAUAUUGAAUUUAUUUGUGAGUUAAUUCAGGGAGAAGGCAAGAAGAGCAGCCGAACGAACAAACCUUUCCUGUAUGAGAUUGUGAAUAAUAAAUGGAACAGCAUUGAUGUGCGCAGAUGGGACUACUUUGCACGCGACUGUCAUCAUCUGGGCCUUCCAAACAGCUUUGACUAUCAGCGUCUGCUGAAGUCUGCAAGAGUGUGUGAGGUGCAUAAAGAGAAUCAGGAGGGGGAUAAAGAGAAACACAUCUGCUUCAAGGACACGGUGGCAGACAAUGUAUAUGACAUGUUUCACACCCGGUAUACUCUCUAUCGUCAGUCCUACCAGCACAAGAUCGGCGACAUCAUUGAAGACAAGAUCGCAAAAGCACUCAAAGCUAAAGUCAGGAUUAACUUCUCAGCGAUUACUGCAUCCCACUUACUAAAUGAUAUCAAGUGUAAAAAAGACCCGACAGGACAAAAGAAAAAUAAACAUGUGGAUGAAGCCAUGAAAGAGUUCACCAAACUUACAGAUCACAUCUUUGAGGAGAUCUUGUACUCAACUGAUGAAAAUGCCAGAAAGGAAAUUGAGGAUAUUGUGAAUAGACGCCUGCCAAAGUUUGUAGGAGAAGCCAGACUACCAUCAGACGUUCAAUAUGAAAACAAAAAGGAUCUGAAGGAAACACUAAAGAAAAACUGGAAGACAGCACUAAACAAAUUGGCAAAAAGAAGAAAAACUGUAUUCUUGGAUGCUGAUGAUUUCAUUAUUGAUGUGGUUGAAAAGGGUCACGGCAUGAGAGUGGGGGAAGAGAAAGGGAAAACCCCCUUUGACAACGUGUAUUUCUACAACAAGAGGAACCCAGACAAAGCCUUCCAAAUCAAAAAGUACCAGGUAUCCAGUCUCUUGCCAGAGAAGUUUGAGGAAUUGUGGGUUAGGGUGUACUACAAUAAGAAGACUGAUGAGGAGGAGGAGGAUGCUGUAAAGUGCUUUAAACAGUGGUGCUCUUACGAAUUUGGACUUUUGACCCGUAUCAUCUUUUAUGAGGACGAGAAUUUCAAGGGUAAAGUAUAUGAAUGUAAGGACAGGUUUCCAGAAUUGCUUAAGCACCUGAAACGCUGUCAUUCCAUCCGUGUGAUGAAAGAUAACUGGCUGGUGUUUGACAAAGCUGACAGCAAACAUCCACUGUGCGUUCUGGCUGAGGGAGAUGGCCCUAAUUUUUCAGAGCGUAUACACCAUUGUUUCUGCAAGGACUGCUUUCAUGAGAUUCACCUCUAUGAUCACCAGUAUUUUUAUGGAGCGUUUCAGACGAUCACAGAAAACUGCAGAUCUUUGGAGGAGCAGUACAAUAAAAAUGUGGUUCAUUCCUGUGACGUGAUGGAUGGCACAUGGAAUCUCUAUGAUGGUGUUGAUUACACUGGAAAUACAUAUACCGUGGAGGAGGGAGAGUAUCCCAACCCUGCAGCGUGGGGUGCCUGUGACCCCACUGUUAAGUCUCUUAAAUAUAUUGAGUAGAGUAAAAGCUAAAUUAAUAUUCAUAUUAAUAUUAAUAUCCACUCCUUCUCAGUCCUCAUUUAUCUCUGAAACACUUAUCUUCAAAAUGAAUAAUGUUAAAACACAUUUAACCGUGGAUGGCCUUUGUGAAAAAGCAUGUUAAGAUUACUUCAAUGAAUAAUGCAUUUCUGCAAGCGAGAGUAAUACAUUACUUUGUUCCAUAACUUUGGGAUUAGGUGCAUAAUGGGUGAUUUAUUGUGUUAACAGUUUCUUCUUUUGGUGGCUGGGUUCAUUGUUUUGAUUUGUUAGAUAUUCAUUAAAUUUGGUGUCGAUUGUUUAAAAUAGAACAUGCUGUUUAUCGAUAGAAGAUUUGGAUGGGUUAUGUUAUGUUGUGAAGGGUUUGAUCUGAAUAAUUGAUAGCAUAGGUUUAUUUCAUAUGUGUAAUUUCAUCACUAUAUUUUUGGUGAAGGGUUUAAAGUAGAGAUAGCUUUACAUG